GCCCAAUCCGUUGCAGUCCAGUUGAGAGCCAAGACCCAACGAAGGGGAAGACGAUUUCGCAGCAUCUGCGUUUCCUCGCCAAAGAAGCGGCGGCGGCGGCGGCGGAAGAGGAAACGAUGCUGGGGCUCGCUUGUGCGUCUCGCUUCCACCCUCCAAUUCUCCGAAUCCCAUCGCCUUCUCUCGCGACCGCCCACCGCAAUCUCGCGUUCCCAUCUUCCAUUUUCAAAGCCGCAAUCCCGACCCGCGGAAACCCACCUAGAUUCGCCGUUUCCACCGACGACGGCGACGGCGACGUUCGGAAUCAAGGACCGGGGAGCGUCGAGCGGCGAGAGGACGGGUCCGAUGGAGGAGGAGGGGCGGGCGGGGGCGGCAGCGACGGCGACGGCGAUUCGAAGAGCGAUCGGCGGCCCUUGUUUAAUCUGAGGCUGCGCGAUCUGCUGGACCCGGACCCGGACAACAUCCUGGCCGUGGGGCUGACGGGGCUCCUGGCGUGGGCGAGCGUGCAGGUGCUGUGGCAGCUCUGCUUCAUCUCGGUGGCCAUUCUGGUGGCCGCUCUCAAGUACUCCUUCAUCGCUGCGCUUCUGCUCUUCAUCCUCAUCACGCUCUUGUGAUCCGGUGAACAAAACUGUAUAUAAUAAAAUUUUCUCUCUGUUUGUAUCGAAUUUCAAAACCCUGGUGUGAAAUGGGGUCGAUCUCUGCUAGUUUCUGCACAACCAUUUCAAUGGAGUACGGGAAUGGUUUUUCGAAGCUCCUGAUGAAGUUGAAUCGGCCAUUAAAGAUAGAUUAUUAGAUGGUCCUCUUGGAUAUGGGGAGCUUGC